UGGUCAUGGCAGUGAAUGUGCAUGACAAAAUGGUGUGCAUUUCCUGUAUCGUCAUUCCAGUGCUGCUCUGGGUCUACAAAAAGUUCCUGGAGCCAUACAUCUACCCUCUGGUGUCCCCUGUGAUUAGUUGGAUAUGGACUCGGAAAGCAAUACCACAAAUCAAUGACAAAGGCAAAGGGGAUUAUAAGGGUGCAGCUAUAAAUGAAUUACCAGCAAAGGGACCAACAGAAAUCUGUGAUAAAAAGAGUUAUUAAAGGAGUUUCCCCAGCGGGCAUCAUUUUAAAAAUGGACCUGAUUAUCUGAAGCAUCUUUUUUGUAAUUCUCUCUUUUUUCUCUGAGAACAGAAUUUUGGGUAGAAUAACUAUGCACUUAAUACGUAGUAUUUAUAUUUAAGAUGUACUUCAUUAUAUUUAAUGACCUCAUUCCAAGUUCUUCUUUUCAUUAAAUUAGCUUUCAUUUCUAUC